AUGUAUAAUAAUAACAAUGAUAGUAAUAUUAUGACAGAAAAUAAUAAUCAGAUAAAUAAUAAUAAUGAUUAUGGUGAUGAUGUUAAUAGGAAACAAAUGUCAGGACAACAAUCAAAGCAUGGUCAUAGAAUAGUGUUACAUCGGAUUAUUCGGAGAAUAAAGAGAAUAAUUACUUGUGGCUGCCUUAGAUCAUCAGAUAAAAACAUUGAUUACGGUGAACACCGCAAUAAUCCACGUAGAAAAUCAGAAGCCUCCACAAGAGAUGCCUUUGAUAAACGAAGAGCUCCAAACACCACUGGUGAUAUUGAAAUGGUCAACAGAAACCAUCUGACAUUUAACAAUAACAAUGCUGACUAUCCAGUAUCUACAUCGGACAACACCAACGUUGUCAUUCCAACUGCCAAAAAUAUAAAAUACCUAAAGGAACGAACCGACAGUGAAUUGUACCUCGGUCAACUAAAUCAAAUGGAAUCGAAAUAUCAACGUGAGAAACGAUUGUCAAAUGGACAUCCAUCCACUGACAUCUCUCUACAAUAUGCAAUUGCAUUAUCACAUUCAGAAAAACACGAUACCAGAGCUAAAUCAUUUCCAAUUUUAUUAGAUCUUUUAAAAGAAGAUAAUGAAAAUAAGAAUUAUUUAAUGAAUUUAGGUACAUCUUAUUUUAAGGAUGAAAAGUAUCAGAUGGCACUGGAGUGUGCAGAGCGAAUCCUUCGAAUGAAUCCAUUGGAUAGUGAAGCAAUGUCAUUAAAGUAUCUGGCGCUGAAUGGAAUUGAAUAUCAGAAAGUUGACGAGCCACCUCUAACUAUGAACGGUACAAAAGAUACAGAUAUACCAAAACUAUCUCCUUCAAUUAAACAUCAGAUUAUCGUAGAAGAUGCAUUGGAAACAAGUAACAAAGAUAUCGAUGGUGAUAAUGAUUCAACAUCUGAUUCAUCAACCAGUACUGAAUCUGAUUGA